AUGCAAAUCAAAGACCGGACAUUCAUUGUCUCUGGCGGUUCCAGCGGCCUCGGGCUCGCCACCACCAUCCUCCUCUUACAAAACGGUGCCAACGUAUCGAUUCUCGAUCUCAAUCCUCUCCCCGAUUCCUCUCAACUCGAUUCCUCGAAAAUACUCUUCACCCCGACCAAUGUCGCGUCCACUGAAUCAUUACGAGCCGGGCUGAAGAAUACACUAGAGUGGAUCCAGGAAACAACCUCAAAACCGCUCUCCGGGGCCAUUUGUUGCGCUGGCAUUGGCACGGCGGCAUUGUCACUCCCCAAACAAGACCCCUCUGCGACGCAUGACACUGUCAAGUACAUGGACAUGGCUGUUUUUGACCGGACACUGGCAAUCAAUCUUCGAGGCACGGUGGAUUUGAUCCGCCUAACGCUCCCGCACAUGGCCCUCAAUGAACCGUUCGGCCCCGACGGAGAGCGCGGCAUCGUGAUUGUGGUCUCUUCUGUCGCCGCAUACGAAGGUCAGGUUGGCCAAUUAGCUUACAGUGCAAGUAAAGGUGCCGUUCGCAGUAUCGUCCUGCCAUUGGCUCGGGAAUUGGGCCAGAGAGCCGGGAUUAGGGUCAUGGGGAUCGCGCCAGGAGUUUUCCAAACCGGAAUGACCAUGCCGCCCAAGAAAAAACAACCAAAUGCGCCUGCUAAGAAAGAGGGCGAGGAGAAGAAACAGAAACGGAGCACCGGAGCACGCGCUGGUAUAAACCCGGAAAUGAUCCAGUAUCCCGCACGGAUGGGUCGUGGAGACGAAUUUGCCCGACUAGUCAAGGAGAUCGUUGAGAACCCGAUGCUCAAUGGGGGAGUUAUACGACUUGAUGGCGCAGUGAGGAUGCCGAGUCGACUAUGA